AUGGCUGCGCCCUGUAACGCUCAGGGCCCCGUUGCUAACUCUGCGCUGUGGGCGGAGGUGCGGGCGCUUCUGCCCGGCGCCGAGGAGGGGUUGACAUUGGCGCUGAGCGGCGAGGUGGAGGAUGGGAUCCUACAGCUGCUGCGGCGGGCCCGAGGGCUGCUCUAUGCCCAGCCCUGUGAGGCGGCAGCGCUGGGGCGCCUAGGCGAGGUCCUGCGCGACUACUCCUGGGAGCGGCUGAACGCGGGGCCGUGGCGGGAGGUCAGGAAGGCCUGGCGGCAGGUUUACACCUACGGCUGCCUCUUCGCGGCGCUGGCCGAGGUCGCCGCCGGCCGCCCGCUGGAGCCCGCCGUCCGCCUCUGCGACAUGGGGCUGCUCAUGGGCGCCUCCGUCCUGGACAACGUCCUCGCCCGCCUCGUCCGCGUCCUGCAGGCGCAGCUGCCCCGCGGAGAGCUGUGCGCCCACCGCAGCGUCAAGGUAACGGACCCCGGGCUUCCCCCCCCCCAACCCGCCCCCGAGCAAUCUCUGUUUCAGAGGGUCCGGAUCGCCCGCGCUCCAGCCCCUCUUGUGCAGCCAGAAGAUGCAAUUCCACACCUUCGCUGCCCUUCGUUGGAGCACUUCAGAGACAACUAUCUCAUCCCGGGGAAGCCUGUUGUCUUGGAGGGGAUUAUUGACCACUGGCCAUGCAUGAAGAAGUGGAGUGUGGACUAUUUUUGUCAAGUCGCAGGGUGCCGCACAGUCCCCGUGGAGCUGGGUUCCCGAUACACAGAUGAGGAAUGGUCUCAGAAGCUCAUGACUGUGGGUGACUUCAUCAGCCAGUACAUUGUGAAUGAGAACAGUGUUGGAUACCUUGCCCAGCACCAGCUGUUUGAUCAGAUCCCAGAAUUGAAAGAAGAUAUCAGGAUCCCUGACUACUGCUGCCUGGGGGAAGGGGAAGAAGAUGACAUCACCAUUAACGCUUGGUUUGGUCCAGCAGGCACUGUCUCACCUCUUCAUCAGGAUCCCCAGCAAAAUUUUUUAGCCCAGGUGUUUGGAAGGAAGUACAUCUGCCUGUGCUCACCACAGGAGUCAGAAAACCUCUACCCACAUGAAAGCCAAAUUCUUCACAACACCAGUCAGGUGGAUGUGGAAGAUCCUGACUUAGAGAAGUUUCCCAAUUUCAGAAAGGCUGCACUUCAGUCCUGUGUUCUGAUGCCUGGACAAGUUCUCUUUAUUCCAGUUCAAUAUUGGCACUAUGUACGAUCGCUCGAUAUCAGCUUCUCUGUCAGCUUCUGGUGGUCAUAGCUAUGA